UGCAAUUGCAAGCCCUUUUCAAUGUUACUUAAUUUCUGUCUUAACCAUUCCACCUGUCCUAGUGUGCAUGUGUGAGCACUAAACACUAGUAGUAAUAGUAGCUACUAGUGUUUUCUUUCUUUCUUUGUUUCUUUUGUGUGUAAUUUUUAUUUGUUAUUUUGUUGUUAAUCAUCAAUGGGAAGAGCUCCUUGUUGUGAGAAGAUUGGUUUGAAGAAAGGAAGGUGGACUGCUGAAGAAGAUAAGAUCUUAACUGAUUAUAUUCAAGAAAAUGGUGAAGGAUCAUGGAGAUCCUUGCCAAAGAAUGCAGGUUUGUUGAGAUGUGGAAAGAGUUGUAGACUGAGAUGGAUAAACUACUUGAGAUCAGAUGUGAAGAGAGGUAACAUCACUCCUCAGGAGGAAGAGAUCAUUGUCAAGUUGCAUGCUGUUCUUGGUAACAGGUGGUCAGUAAUAGCAGGACAUUUACCAGGACGUACAGAUAAUGAGAUAAAAAACUAUUGGAACUCACAUUUAAGGAGAAAAAUUUACUGCUUCAUGAAGUCAUUAAAUGAAUCACUUCCACCAAUUGACAUAGCUGCUGUUAACCUAGCUGCUUCUAACAGAAGAAGAGCUAAUAGAACAGCUCAACAUGCACCAAAGCAAGAUCAAAACAACACCAACAAAGAGUUACUUCAUCAAGUUCAAUUACCAACACUACAUAAAAGAAAAGCAAAUGCUUCUAGUGGAGAAGAACUACUACAAGGUUAUAAUACUAAUAAUUAUGAUACAACUAAUUCAUCAUGUCCUAACAUGAAUGAAUUAGUUGACCCUUUGGAACCUUUUGAAUGGUUAGAUGAUGAAAUUAUUAAACUAAGUUACAUGUUUGAAAGUGGCAUACUUGUUAGUCCAGAACAUGAGAAUAAUAUUAAUAAUAAUAUUAAUGUAACUAGUGAUGAUAAUAUUCUAGAUCCUAAUUGUGGAGUAUUAAUGGGAAACAAUAAUGAUGGUGGUGUUUGGAGUUCAUCAAAUGGUGCUGAAAGUGGAGAGUGGAAUAAUAAUAAUAAUAACACUACUAGUUGUAAUUCAUCUGUGAAUUCUGUUUAUGAAUAUCAGUGGCCUGAUAUGCAUUUAGAAGGUAGUAGUGUUCAAUCCUACAAUCAACAAUGGGACAUUUGUGAUCAACAAGGUCAAGAUGUUAAUGGCUUCUGGGGUACUUCCAAUUAUCAAGAUGAUACUAGCUUUUAUCACUGAUCCAUCGAUUAUGUAUGCUGGUUCAGGGGAAUUAUAUAUAGAGGAAUGAUAUUUUGACACAAAUAUCAUUAUGUAUGUACUGUGUAAUGAUAUUUGUGUCAAAAUAUCAUUUUCCUUAUAUUAUAUAUUAUAGUAGUAUAUUCUAUUGUAAUGUAUUUUUCUGGUGCUAAAUUAAAUAAAAGUUUAUCAUGUUUUUUGUUGUGUGAUAA